GCCAAACCAUGGAUGAGUGUUGACGGCCUGAACCCUCAGGCGACCAACGGCGGCGGUGGGCUCACGUGCGGGAUGAAUCCCGUUGUCAGCAUCGGCUUAUAUCUCCACAUUGGGCUGGACACGGAGUCUUAUCUUCCGUCAUCCAGAAUCAUCUCCAACUACUCCGUAACUCCUUCACCUGUUUAUUAUACUUACCUCUCCCCCUCUUCAAAACCAACGAUCUACGUUUCCGAUUUUAAACUAAGUCAAUAUUAAUAAUGGCAUCUCCACAGGACGGGGCAGUCCCGCCGGCCGCCGAAGUCAUGUCAAUCGCAUCCCCGAUCAACCUAAUCCUCCUCUCCCUCUUCGCCGUCCUAGUAUACAUGCAGUUCCGACCAAAAUCCCCCGUGUCUCUCCCCAAAGGUCCUGCGCCCAUCGUCUUCCGCACAUUCACCCCCACCACCCUCCUCGAAUUCAACGGUGUUGAUGGUAAACCCGUCUAUCUAGCCGUCCGCGGUCGUGUGUUCGAUGUAUCCCCCGGCAGGAACUUCUAUGGACCGGGCGGCCCUUAUGAAAACUUCGCCGGCCGGGACGCUUCGCGCGGAUUGGCCUGCCAGAGCUUUGAUGAGGAGAUGCUCACUAAGGACUUGAAGGCACCGUUGGAUGACCUCAAGGAUCUGGAUGCGGAAGCAUUGGAGAAUCUUCAGUCGUGGGAGGAACGCUUUUUGGAGAAGUAUCUCGUGGUGGGUAAAUUGGUUGCUGAGGGGGAUCCGGAGGCUCCGAAGGCGUAAAUAAAUAUCUAUCGAUUGAGCAGCUCCCUUCCUGUGUGCUGUUAUGGGCUUGUCUGUCACUGCGGAUCUUAUGGGGUUGAGAUCAGUGGUAUUAGGAUGGAAACCGCGGCAUUUGAUGUUUAAGUUUAUUUUUAUUUUUAUUUUUAAACAAAAAGCGACGCGAGUGAGUUUCUUGGUUAUUCCGCAUGAGACAUGAUUCUGCUGGCGCUCAAGUGGGAGCCACAUCCACUGGGCUU